GGGGAGGGAGUGCGAAAAACCAUUGGCGUGGGAAGGAAUUCUUUUUGGGGUAUAUUUAGUUUGAACUACAAUUUGUUUGCUCGUAUUUAAUUAAAGCAGCACCAUCAGCUUGAUGUAAAAUGUCCUAGAUCUCGAUUUGCAAACGCCGCGUUCAUUGAUUGUUUCGAGUUUAGUUGCGGUAGCCGAUUAUCCGAUGGAUUUUCUCGUUUGAGACAGACAGCGCGACGUCGGACAUAAAUAAAAAGCUUUGGGUGCCAGGUGGGUGGUGUUUUGCUACUGGAGCUCCCCUGAAAAACAAAUUGGAGGGAAACCGUUUGCCUGUCCCUUAAAAGGUCAUAAAACUUAAUUUGCAGAAAGCAAUAAACCUAAAAGGGCAGCGUAAAGAUGAAGAUACAUUUUCGGGAACAAUACGGUCGGAAGGGGGAGGAAAUCCUCUAUGUGACGCCAGCAGAUCAGAGCAACAUUGUAAGGGUACCGCUGCGUGGAGAUAAGCUGGUCAUCCAGGAGAAGUUCCUGCUUUUUCGCGUGCUGCAGAAGGUCUUCCUACCUAAGGGAUAUCCGGAUAGUGUUAGCGAGGAUUACGCCGCAUAUCAAAUCUGGGACACGGCUCAGGCCUUCUGCAGUACCAUUUGUGGAACCCUGUGCACCCAUGCCAUUCUAAAGGGAAUCGGCGUGGGAAGUGAGAACAUCAAUGCGUUUUCCGCCACAGUCACAUGGAUUUUGAAGGAGGGCAGUGGACACGUAGGUCGUAUACUCUUUGCCUGGUGGCAGGGAUCACAGCUGGAUGUGGACUCAAAGAAAUGGCGACUGCGAGCGGAUUUUCUCAACGACCUCGCCAUGGGCAUCGAGAUCUAUGUGCUUCCCAAGUAUCCGCAUUUCAGCACCCAAAUCCUGUGCUGUUCCACUCUGCUCAAGGCGAUUGUGGGCGUGGCUGGGGGCGCUACAAGAGCGGCGUUGACCCAACAUCAUGCAUUGAGAGGUAAUCUGGCUGAUGUGGCCUCCAAGGAUAGUUCACAGGAGACGUGUGUGAACUUGGUAGCCUCAUUUGUGGGACUGUAUCUUCUUUCGCUGAUCAAGAGCCAGGCUGUAUUGUACACCAUCUUCUACAUUGUGGUUAGUCUGCAUCUUUACUUCAAUCUCAAAGCGGUAAGAGCAGUUUGCUUGCGGACCUUCAACGAGUCGCGCUAUCUGAUUGCACUGGAGGAGUUUUUUCGGUCAUCAAGGAUGCUCAAUCCACAGCAGGUUAAUGCGAUGGAACGGGUCACAGUUGGUCAGACCGUCUCUGUAUCUCUAAACAUAAAACUGGGACUGAGCGUAAAGAAUCUGAUUGACGAGUAUAAGAGCAGUAGCGUCAUCGAGAACAUAGUGUCCUCCUUCGAUCCCCACGAACACUUUAUCAUAGCCGAGACCAAAAAAUGCCUGGGCGUGUAUCUGCACUUCGAAACGCGUUCGCAGGAUGUGCUCAAGGCAUAUUUCUUUGCAGUGUCCUAUCUGCAGGAUAGAAAUCAGAUCAAAGAGAAGUACUGGGACAUACAGACUAAGUGGCAGGAGUUUCUGGCGCUGGCGCAGCAAGAGGGUUGGCUAAUUCAUCAGCAUUUACUACUUGUUGACGAGUUCCGUUUGGACUGGAAAGUGUAGAAAGAUGCUAAUCUUGAUUGCUUAAACUUAUACUGAGUUGCUUGCUUCGACCUGAAAAAUUGAUUACAUUCAGACUUCAUUAUCAUUCUCACAUAUCUCACAUGGAUAGCAUAUAGCGAAAACGAAAACAUUGAUAUUAACUAAGUGCUAUUGAUAUUCACCUAGAUUUAGCUUUGUGAAACUCGUUCGCACUCGAACAUCUUCCAACUAACUCUGCCUUAGCACAAAGUAAUGUUUGUAACCGAUAUUUGAUAAGAUAUUUUACCCCCGCUUUUACCCAUGAAUUUAUCAGACAUUAUUUCAAUUACUAGUUGCUACUCGAAGGGAAACUGAAAGAAACACAAGAAUCUAUUUUGUAAGGACUUAUUGUAAGUACGCAUUUCGAUAUUUCGAAGGCAUACUGUAGUUUUUUAGAUUAUAAUCACGGAAAAUCUCACAACGAACUACGGAAAAGACAGCUUGCAGUCUUGUCCAAAAGUGUACAAAGUUUUAAGCUUCUUAAAUGCUAAACGUGCAAUAUUAAUUUAAUUAUUAGCUUCGAAUAUCUACGGAAUAAGUUGGCGUCCAUUUUAGCUUAGCCAUAUUGCUUUUCAAUUAAGGCAAAAUAUGAAUUAUGUGCAUACCGUCUCACCACGCAAAUGAUUUUAAUGAAACAAAUAAUAAAAUAAAAAAGAUUUUUAAGAA